UUGCUUCCCCGAAUCUUAUAUUUUUUGUUGUUUCUUUCAUCUUCGUCAAAAUCUCAAAAAACAUAUCUCUCAAUCUAAUCUUUUGAAUCUAUAUAAUACUGACCCUGACUUCGCUUUAAAAUGUAAAAUUCUUAUUGCCUUAGCCUUUGUUCCCGAAAAUGAUGUUAUUAAUGCUCUCAAUGUUUUAGAAAAUCAUUUAGACGAUCGUUUUGAACCUCUUAUCUCAUGGUUUGUAUCCACUUACAUUGGCCGCAUACGCGGUAAUGGCACUCGCGCAAAUCCAAUCUUUCCUCCCCCACUUUGGAAUGUAUACAAUCGCACUCUUUUAAAUAUUCACCGCACAAAUAAUUAUAGUGAAGCUUGUAACCGAAAAAUUAAACGUGCACUUGGUAUGUCCCACCCCUCUCUUUGGUUGUUUUUACACUCUCUCAAAAAAUUCCUUGCACUUAUUGAUACUGAUAUUGAACUGCAAGUUGCUGGACAUGAACCACCCCGGAAGCGAGCAAAAUAUUUGGAAUGUGAUGAAAGAAUUUUAAGAAUUUGCAAUAAUUAUGAUUUUGAUACAGUUUUAGAUUUUUUACGUGGAAUCUCACAUAAUUUUAAUAUUGAUUAA